AUGGCGCACACGACCACUCGCACGCUUCUGCCGCCCACCAACGUCCUCCCCCCCGCCAUGACCUCGACCCCCUCGCCAGCCCUCUCCAACACGCCUGGGACCACAGGCUCGAGCAGCAACACCUUCCUCAUGUCCGCCAGCCCGGUGCGAAGUCGCAGAUCCGCCGUCGAGGGCUACAAGCCCAAGAUGAUCUCCACCAUCGGUGCCAAGCCCGCCUGCCUCGUCAAUGCGUCCGUCACGUACGUCGGGGAUGACCAGAUAUACGCCUUUGGAGGAUUCGAUCAAUACACGGAUGAAGACAUGCUGACAAUGCUCCCAGUGUACAACCAUGUGCUGCGCUUGAACCUCAUCACCCGACAAUGGAAUCUCGUCGACAACUAUGGCGACAUUCCCGGUGUGCGCAUGGGACAUACAGCAUGUCUAUGGCAAGGCAGCAAGCUUCUGGUCUUUGGCGGUGAAAACGAACACCGCCAGCAUCUCGCCGACGUCAUAGUAUUCGAUCUCAAGACAGCACACUGGACACAACCAGAGACUCACGGACCGAUACCGCGCGGUCGCGCUCGUCAUUCGGCUGUCAUCUACGACGACAAGCUGUACAUCAGCGGUGGCCAGACCGGACACGACAGCGUGCUCGAUGAUAUCUGCUACCUCGAUCUCAAGACUUGGACCUGGUCGCGGACUUGGAGAUUCGUGCCUCGCUACGACCAUGCCAGCUGGAUCUGGAAUGGUCGCAUCUGGAUCUUCGGAGGAAUUAAUGACGACAUGGAGAAGAGUAACGAGAUAUGGUGGCUCGACCUUCGCGGCAGCCCGGAGUUUGACCAUGCCAUGAAGUAUGGCACGGCUGACCGACAAAUGACAUCGUCCCGCCAUCGCUUUGCAGUACCCGCCUCAGGCCAGCUCGCAACCGGCAGCACCGGCUACACUGCCAACUCAAGCGUACAAUCCCAUUAUGCAAUGAGCUCCACCCGCUCGCCCUAUGUUGCGCCUGGAUCCAUCUCGUCCCUCAAGUUCCACUCCAGUCCCAAUUUGCCGUCACAGGCUGCAGGCACACAUUUCCAUAUCUUCUCUUCGGGGUGCAUGCUGGACUUUGUCACGCCUGCUGAAUUGAGCUGCGAAACUAGUUUGUCAAGCUUGGAACUGGAUACACUUCGAUGGCAGAAGCUGGCUGAAGGGAGAGAUCUGUACAGCCCCAACUACCGCUGGCAUUACUGCACAACAAAUCCGGAAGGAACCCAUGCAUGGCUUCUUGGUAGCCCGAUUGAGUCUGCCGCAGAUGGGAAUCACAAUGGUGAAUACCUCAGCGAUGUCCUUGCGAUUGACCUUCGCAAAUACGGCAUCUUGGGCAAUGAACUGGCUUCAGAUUCACGGUCGAAAAUGAUGCCCUCUUCCGACGCCAACGUCUCCUCACACCUCACUGGCAUCGGGGCAGAUCUGUCGUUGACUUUCGAUCAACCACCGGAGAGUGGCAGCGGCGCAGACUUCAUCAUCACGGCAGACGCGGACGACGAUGAUUACGUCGAUGUUUCGGCACCAGACCCCGGGACCGCAUCAACUGCCGUAGGACCCGCAUCCCGCCCAAUCCACGUCCACAAGCUGAUCCUGCACGCUCGCUGGCCGCAUUUUGCUCGACUUUGGAGCGCGCAAAUGGCCGAGUUCCACUCGAAGAAGAUGCACAUCCCUGAACCUUACUCUGCCGUGCGCGCAUUUCUUUUCUAUCUCUACACCGAUAGCAUUGCGCCGAAUCCACACAACGGGCCCACUUUGAGCGAUGUUGCCGGCAUGCUUGUCAUGUCGAACAUCUACGACAUGCCGCGUCUUCGACUACUCUGCGUCAACCGAUUGGGCCGUGAACUCGACAUUGAGCAUGCGGCCAUCAUCUGGGAGCGCGCUGCCACGGCCGGUGAGGAUUGGCUCAAGCAACGAGCAGCCUUGUUUUGCAUGCAGAACUUUGGUCGCUUGGUCCGUACGGCUGGCUUCAGGAACCUCAACCCCGCCAGCUUGAUUGAGCUGUGCUGUGAAGCUAGCCCAGAGUCGCGAGUUGUCGGCGGCGAAGAUCUCGAAUUACUAGGCCAAAUGGCGGGUCGUCCGUUUGGUGUCAGUAGUAACCGCAAGCGCAGCCUGGGUAGCGCUGGCGUGUUGACUGCUGGGGAGGAAGACGGGGACGAGGAAGUCGAGGACGAUGGUAUGGAUGUCAAUUGA